AUGGCGCCGAGUCGAACACCCACGAAACCAUUCACCUAUUGCGAAGGCGUGUCGAGAUGGGACCCUGCCACCUACAUAGCCGACAAGGAUCUACUCGCACGCGCCGUUGCCCAUCUCGCCAAAGAUGACCUUAUAUCCGCCGUUGCCGAAUCCUUCUCCCUUCCCCCACGCGACUCGUAUGUGUACCACGCCAUAGUAUCUGUGACACUUGCACAAGUACAACAUGUUAUCGGGCUCGGCGCCGCGAACGGCUUGCACGCAUGGUACAGAUAUCCUUCUGCACCUCCCCCAGAGAAGCAGCAAAAACUAGGACCAUCUGACUUUCUACCGCCGCCGCCAAAGCCCGACGUGGAAACAUACCUACAAAUCUUUGAUCCGAAGACCGCGACUCCGAACAUACUCAAGUCCCUCUCGUCCAAUGCAAAGAAGAACUCCCUGCGCGCUUCGAUAGCGGCGCAUCUUCUCGGCAAACGCUACCUCCAUCCUGCGCUGCCACAGCUGCAGAUUGCGCGCUCGAAAGCUGCCCCGCCGAAUCCGUACCUGGAUUUCCUGACGUGGGCAUGCCUCAACCUUGAAUAUGCGGGUCCAUGCCCGGAGAGCGAAGCCGUGAAGAGCAGCCAUCAUAGCCUGCCAGUCUUUAUGCAUCACUUCGGCUGCGUGUGCCCUAGUCAUGAGGCACUGAGCAUAUUGAAGAUACUAGCAGACGGCAGGGAGAUAUGGGACAUGGGAAGUGGCAAUGGGUACUGGACGUUCAUGCUGAGGCAGUACGGCUUGGAGGUGAAGCCCGUGGAUAAUGCCCAGAGCAGCUGGCGAGUUACGUGGGUCAAGGACACCACGAUAUCGGACGGCGUACAAUAUUUGAACAAGCCAGGGAACAAAGGCGGCGAGCACGCAGUACUCUUGCUGGUAUACCCUAUAGUGGGCGGAGGUAUUGCUGGCGGCGAAGAGGGCGGGUUUACUCGGCAACUAGUAAAGGCUUAUAAGGGUGAUACCAUCGCUGUUGUAGGGACGCAAAACCACAACGGAUAUACCGGCUUUAGGAAUAUGAGCAUGGACGAGUAUAUGGAGAAAGAAGAGCCGGACUGGACAAAAGUCGUGCAAAUACCGUUGCCAAGCUUUCCUGGAAAGGAUGAGGCACUCUUUGUUUUCCAGAGAGGGAAUCGCGCACCCAGGAGGAAUGUGCAAAGCAACUAG